AACUGACGUGACGCGCAGAACCGGGAAGAUGACGUUACGCGCCUUCUCCACCAAUAACAAAGCAAAAACACUUCACUCGUUUGUAGUACCGUCUUUCCACUGUUUCCUAAACUUUUGAGCUUUUGGAUGUUGUACUUUGUGAUCGUUUAAUGGUACGGGAGGUAAGAGUCUGUCAUGGAUUCUGUGUUAGUAAACCUGCAGCACGUCGUGGAGUUACUGGCCGUGUCUCAAACGAACUGUGUGAAUGAAUGGGACCAUCACACGGUACUCAGAGCGUUCAAGUGGGCGCAAUUUUGCGAGCAGCUUCACGCCCUGUCCCGCUCGAACCCUCCGCUCAGAUCCGCUCUGCAGUCCCGCCUGCAGGACACCAACCAGCUCCUGCAGGAAAUAUCACCUUCGUACUCUCCAGUCAUGUUGUCUGACCUGGCUCAAUGUCAACACAGUCUGCUCAUUAAUUUACUCAGGAACCCCUCUGCACCAUGCUUCAUCGUACAAAUGUUUUUCCCAAAUCCCAAAACGACAACACACGGGUUAGAGAUGGACCAGACCCGCCUCAUUACAUGCAAAUCCGCUUUAAAGUUGCUAUGCCGCAGUUUGGACAGGACAAGUUGUGCUGAAUUGAAGGUUGAAUCAGAAGUGAAAGGCAGACUACUCAGAAAACAUCUAGACUCAGUAGUGUCCCUGGGUGAUAAUUACGUUGCUGCGAGAUCGCUACUAGAUUCAAUCCUCCGUGACAGCGCGGGAAAAAUGGACAGCCUUUAUGACGUCAUAGUAGGUGCGCUCAUUGUCAGGGAUGAUGAAACAAACAACGACACUUGUCAUGUCAUUCUCGACUGGCUUCGGGAUCACGACGGAUGUUUAGGUAAACUGUGCAGAUGGAUGUCCCCUGGGCUUUGCUCCGUUCUUUCUGGAGAGUCUGUAACGUUUAAACGUGGCUACUGGGACGCUUUAAAACAUUGGGCAUCCGGCCUGGAGUAUGAUGUCAUGCAGAGCGCGUGGGUGCCGACGUGUUCCGUGACGUCAGAGGAGCCAGUGUCGUUUAUUGUACUGGUUGAUCGAUUCGGGGCUCUGCUACAAUCAGGGUCUCCGUUAAAAGAGGAGACGAUGACUAAGCUCCUAGAACUGAAACUUGAAAGUGGGGACUUUGAUGUGAAAGGUGUUAGUGUUUGGACAGAUCUAAUAAUUCAACUAAAAAUGUUAAAAUAAUGAUAUUUGGAGAAAUGUGGUAAUAAUACAAAUAUGUCCUACUACUUGAUGGAUGGAUGAAAGUGUACUUGUGUGUUAUUUUUGUAUUGGGAAAUACCGACUAGAUUAUUUCAAUUUAACUUAUUUUUUAUUUGCUUGUCAUUUAGUUUUACUUUUUAAAAGACUUUUUAAAAUGAACAUUUGUGAAAUGUUUACUUUUUGGCAUUUUUGUAUGUAUUCUUCGAUAAAAUUAUUAUGAAUAAUUACAUCAUAUUUU